GAGUGAGUGGUGACCGCCGUUGGUAAUGGCCGGCAAAGGUGGAACGACCCCGGCGACAUACUCGCCGUCUCCGACGACCGAUAAAAAGAAAUCACCGCUUUUCAAAGAAGAUUGGAUCCGACCCGAUGGUCGCGGUUUCCACCAGUGCAGACCUGCCUUUUUCAGGACUGGUGCUGUGAAUGCUGCAUCUGGAUCUGCUUACACGGAGUUCGGAAAUACCAAGGUCAUUGUAUCUGUAUUUGGGCCAAGAGAGAGCAAGAAGGCGAUGAUGUACAGUGAUAUAGGGCGUCUGAAUUGCAAUGUCAGCUUCACAACGUUUGCAACUCCAGUUCGUGGGCAGGGUUCAGACCACAAAGAGUACACUUCGAUGCUUCAUAAAGCUUUGGAGGGUGCAAUAAUACUGGAAAGUUUCCCCAAGACAACUGUCGAUGUUUUUGCUUUGGUGCUGGAAUCUAGUGGCAGUGAUCUCCCAGUUGUCAUAUCGUGUGCUAGCCUUGCCCUGGCAGAUGCUGGAAUAAUGAUGUAUGAUCUUGUUGCCUCAGUUUCUGUGUCAUGUCUCUGUAAGAACCUUGUUAUUGAUCCUAUUCUGGAGGAGGAAAACUGCCAAGAUGGUAGCCUAAUGAUUACUUGCAUGCCUUCUCGCUAUGAAAUCACCCAGCUCACUGUUACUGGGGAAUGGUCCACCCCAAAGAUUAAUGAGGGAAUGCAGCUGUGCCUGGAUGCUUGUGCAAAGCUUGCUAAGAUUAUGAGGUCAUGUUUGAAAGAAGCUGCUUCGGAUUCACAGGAAUAGAAUGAGAGACACAUGAAUCGGAAGAUGUGCUGUUAAUUUUUCUUUGGUUUCUACCUCAAUGUUUAGAUAAUUGUGUUGGAGGGGGAGGUAGGGAGAGAUGUGUCUUGCAUUGCAUGUCCUGCAAAUUUUGUGUUUAUGAGCUUGUCAAAGGUGCUUUAAAAGUUAUUCUUAUAGCUACGGCAAUAUGCAUGCUACAUAGUUUAGUGAGUCAAAUCACUAUCUCACCUUUGGUGAGUCACGAAAAUGCUAGCUUGGGGAGGUUGAGCCGAGCUGACCAUCUUAAUAGAAAAAAAAUCUGAAAGAAAACAGAAAAGC